AUGAGUGUGUUUGGGACCAUGUUAGCGGGUGUUUGGAGGUGGAACGUGAGAAUCCUUUUCCUCUGUCUCUUCCUGUUCCUCCUCAUCUCGGGCAUGGAAUCCACGGGCAUUCAAGUGACAAGGGAGAUGUUCGAGAAGCUGGAAUCCCAGUUCCUCACAGCACUCGGCAUGAAAGAACGUCCUCGACCAAAAUCCCCGAGCCCUAUCCCUAGUUACGUCCUCGACUUGUAUGCUCGACAAGAGGGUCAAUCCAUCGACACCACGGAUUUCUUUUUGCCCAAGAAACACACACAGAUGGCCAACACAAUGAGGUCCUUCUUUCACAUUCAGUCUGAGAGGGACGGGCAAUACCCAUCGAACCAGAUGAGGCUAUACUUCGACGUGAGGAGCAUCCCAGCGGAAGAGGUGUUGAGAGCGGCUGAAAUUCGUCUCAAACUCCUCGAUGCGAGUGAAUGUGAUAGAGACGGAGCCAGAGACGUACGACGGUUGGACGUGUACAACGUGAUCAGGGCGGCGAAUCCGAGUGAUGCAGGCGCCGUCUUGCACCUGCUCGAUACGAGACAAGUCGACGUGUGUGGUGGUGGUGAUGGUCAGUGGGUGGAAGUGGACGUCACUCCGGCCGUGUUGAAGUGGACCCUGGAACCCGAGGCGAAUCGCGGCCUCUUCCUCCACCUCCGGACUCCCAAGGGUAAAGCAAGAGCAACCCUUGCAACGGAAACGGCCGAGCAGCCGUUGUUGCUUGCCUUCACGGACGACAAAAGACACCGCGAGAGCGGUGAAGAAAGGAAACGACGCUUAAAACGCGGCACUCUUCGACGCCGGAAAAAUCGGCGAAAAGGGGAGAAGAACCCACAGUGUCAGCGACAGUACAUGUACGUGGACUUCAGUGAAGUGGGCUGGAACGAUUGGAUCAUCGCACCCCCGGGCUACAAUGCCUACUACUGCGCCGGAGAGUGCAAGUAUCCGAUGCCGGAUUACCUGAACAGCACGAAUCAUGCCAUCGUUCAGGCGUUGGUUAAUUCCGCCAAUCCCAGGGCUGUUCCUCCCCCCUGUUGCGUUCCGACAUCGCUGGAAACGGCAGGGAUGCUCUACCUGGACCAAUACGACAAAGUCGUCCUGAAAAACUAUCAAGACAUGAUCGUGACAGGGUGCGGUUGCCGGUAAUCGGACCGUUUUCCUUCGUUUGCCAAAGAUUCUUAUCUCCUAUACCUAGAUAUGUGCUACGAUGAUGAUGAUGGUGAUUUGAAGGGCUUGGGGCGAAACCAGUAGUGCUCUGCUACAAACCUUUCCCGUCGAAUAAGAAUGUUUGAAACCGGGGAAGGUGGAAUUCGUCUUUUGCCUUCUUGGAUCAUUUUCAAUCAGACUGAUACGGCCUAUGGCCAUAACUGAAUUUCGAUAUAUAUGUAUAAAAAAAAAUAUUGCUUUGCAGUUAGCACUAUAUUGCCCGGAGCUCUUCAAAUUCUUUUUUUUUUUUUUUGCCUCC